UGCACUCGGCCCUCACGUGUACUACUUCAUCCAUUCAAAAUUGUUGUGAAUUUUAUCGUGUCAAACAAAAAGUAAUUUUUAUUAGUACAUCUCGGACAUUGUGAACAUGAUCCUUUGCCUGUUAUCAAUGUAAAUCACAGUUCGCCCUCUUGAAACCUAUGGAUCCUAAGUUGGAAGAAGUAUUUAAGAAGUGGGAAGCCCAUAGUUCUGGUCCUUCUCGAGCAGCAAAUGAUGAAGAAUCACAGCGUCAGAGGGAAGAAAGGCAAAGAAAAUUCCGUGAUAAUUUGGAAGCACCGUUCCGAAAGCCCUCAAGACAAAGGCCAAGAAAACGUAAAUCGAAGCGAGAAGAUUUCAGUUUCAAGCCACUAACAGAAGUAAAGUUCAGUGUGCCUCAUGCAGUCAUACCCUCCAUGUACAAAAGAAAGCGGCCAUUGAUGGGAGAAGCUUGUGACAGAUGUUGCAGAGAGAGUAAGAUACUCUAUGAGGAAGGGAAAGUUUCAUGGGGUAUACGCAAUGUUCUUAGCAUGGACCUUUUUAGAAAACAGAAUUUCUUAAAAAGAAGUUUCUGCCAUAUUGCUUUUGUGUGGAACUGUGACAUCAGUCAUCAAUAUCCUGAUGUGAAGAAGGAUGUUUUACAUUCAGCCAGAGUGAAAACCUCCAUUCUCUCUCCUGCUAUGCAAGAGCCUCCAUCAUCAGGUCAGGACAUCAAAACUGUAGAAAAUGAAAGAUGGAAGAGAAUCAAUACUGCUGAAAAAAAGGCAGUUAAUAUUCUGAAUGGGAUGGCUGCAGUGGUUUACAGGAAGUUUGUAAGGUUCACCACUUGGUUUCUUUUCAAACUAUUCAAAAGAUUGUUAUUCAGUAUACAAAUUCAAAGAGGACAAAUUGACAUCUUGAAAGAAGCUUCUCAGGAUGACAAACCUCUUGUGUUCCUACCACUUCAUAAAAGCCACAUGGAUUAUAUUCUACUGACGUUUGUGCUUGUUACAUGUGAUAUUAAGGUUCCUCAUGUGGCAGCAGGAGAUAACUUGAACAUACCAUUUUUGGGGUGGAUUUUAAGACAUUUAGGUGGAUUCUUUAUCAAGCGUAAACUGGAUCAUUCCUCUGGGAAAGAUGAGUUGUACAAGUGUAUCCUUCAAGAGUAUGUGGAGCAGCUUCUUCAGAAUGGACAGUACCUUGUAUUUUAUAUAGAGGGUAGUAGGUCAAGAAGUGGAAAAGCCAUGGUUCCAAAGUCUGGUCUUCUCUCUCUGGUUGUCAACUCAGUCACAGAAGGUGUAGUACCAGAUGUGAAUGUUGUUCCAGUAAAUAUCUCUUAUGAGAAGGUUGUGGAUUCAGGUUACACUAGGGAACUCCUGGGUGAGUUAAAGACGCCAGAGUCAUUCUGGAGCACACUGAAAAGCAUCUGGCACGUCAUCGGAACAAGAUAUGGCAAUGUCAGGCUUGACUUCGGCCAGCCAUUUUCUCUCCAGGAAUUCUCCCAAGCCAUGGACCAAUCUCAGCCAAUGCAGGAAUUUGCUGCAAAAUCGUUAGCUAGAGCAUCCGAUAUCUCGUCACCCAAGUCUUCUCUUGUGCGGAACCACUCUGAGGUCUCGCUAAGUGAGUUAGGUGAUGAUAAGUGUUUCACCCUCACCAAGGCUCUUGGAUAUCACGCCAUUCGUGAUUCCGCGAACUGCAGUGCAGUUAUGAGUACCAACAUGGUCGCCUUCCUUCUCAUGAACAGUCAUAGGAAGGGUGCCACAUUUCAAGAACUGUGUACGUCCUUUGACUGGUUGUAUAGGGAAAUAACCUCACGAGGAAGAGAUGUCGGCUUUUCUGGGAAGACUGCAGCCGUUGUCAGUCAUGCACUGCGACUUUUGGACGAUGACGUGACAUCAACGGAAUCGCGGACAGGUCCUCAGAAGGAUACAGUGGAACAAGUUCAACCCAAGAAUGGUUUGCCUCAUAUUCUGAAUCUGGCAUUUUACAGUAAUCAGGUUGUUUCAGUAUUUUCCCUGGACGCUGUUCUUGCUUGUGCUAUUAUCGCCGCCGCAGAGGACAGUGAAUCCUUUGACAUAAACGACAUCGAAGGACAGAAGAUAAUCACCCAGACAUCGAUAGUAGGAAAGGCGAAACAUUUGUGCGAUGUUCUUCAGAGAGAGUUCAUAUUAAUUCCGCCAUGUGUGUCCCUAGAGUCUGCUCUGACAGAGGGACUGGACAAAUUUACAUCCAGUGAGACCAUAAAGAUCAUAGCAGAGAGCAACUCCACCAGUUCUCGAGGCAGUCAAUGGGGAUGGGAUGACGACGAUGAGUACAUGCGAGAAUUUGACGUCACGGAGAUCGAGUACAAGCUAACCAAUGUAGAUGAGCUACUGAAGAAGCUGAAGUUUCUUAAGUCAGUGGUUGCUCCGUUGAUAGAAUCAUACUGGGUAGCAGCCUGUGGUUUACUUUGGCUCAGAAACCAGACGUUUUCAGAUACUGAGUUUCUGACUGCUCUUCAUUCCUGUGCCAAAGAACGAGUCAAUGAAGGAGUAACAAUGUUUCCCGAGAGUUGUUCACUAGAACCUUUCCGUAAUGCGGUGCGCAUCUUCAAGGAAUGGAAAGUGAUACAAGUCAACGCCGAGAGCAGGGUGGCACUCUGUGACGCUUACAACAGUGAGGACGCCCUUUUUGAUGUGAUUGAAGACAUCAAUCAGUUUAAACUUUAACUGCCAAAAGAACUUUAAAAUGUUUUGAAAACUUGAAUAAAUUUACCAUGCCAGCUUCAA